AUGCCCAAAGCGAGGAGAAUGCUGUUCGCGUUGCUGCUUGGUCUGUGGCUUCUGUGGCUACAGGAGGCGCAUGCUCUGGCCAUCACCAAUGGCCACUGCCAGAAGAACAUAAGUGUCAAGUAUCAGGUGCCAGUAACCAGAUCUCGGGCCAACGAGAGCAACAAUAGCGACAAUGACACCGAGGCCGGGGAACAGUUCAUUGUGUAUGAGGAGCGCGUGCGCUGGGACACUGUGCAGGUGUGUUGUCCCGGCUAUCGCACCAUUAUCUUUGGCUUUUGUGAGCCCAUCUGCACCGAGCCCUGUCCCACGCACAGCUACUGUGUGGAGCCGAACAAGUGCCACUGCCUGCGCGGCUACGAGCAGUCGCAUCACGCCAACCGACAGCACCAGCUCAUCUGUCGACCCAUCUGUCUCGGCGGAUGUCCGGAGCACAGUCACUGUGUGGCCCACAACGAGUGCGAGUGCCGCGUCGGGUACAAGGAUGUGAGUAGCUGGUUCGCACCAUUACGCUGCCAGCGGAUACAAUGCGGUCCAGAUCAGCGUUACGAUGUGGCGCGACGCGCGUGCGUCAAGAUCGAGAUGAGCAUGGAGGAGCUGAUGCAGCGGGUAGCCGAUCGCUUGGCACACGGUCUGGACCUGGACAACGAAAGCGAGCGGCCGGACAGAGACGAGAUGGAGGUUUACGAGCAGCCCUAUUCUAGUGUGAAGAAUGAGAGCUAAAUUGUUUACCCAGAAAUAUAUUCGAUGUGAAAGCUAUACCUUAUUGUUAAAGGUCUUAAUUUUCUUCAAUUAACGAUAGAAGACGAUCAUCAAAUAAGUGUUAGCGUUAGGCGAGAAAUGGAAAGGAAGCGCUUACACCUAAUUUAUAGAAAAUUUUUUUAAAGAUAUAAUACAACUAAGUUUUUCAAAAAGCAUCUUCAUCUUAUGAAAGAAGUCUGG